ACCAUUACAUUUGAGUUUGCUGACAAAAGCGUUGAUUCCUCAAACUUCUUUAUCAACAGAAGUAGUUUGCUGACGUCAGUAAUGUUUAAUUAUGAGGAGCAGAAUAGCUACUUGAUCAACGUGGUCGCGAAGGAUGAUGGGACGCCUUCUCUGAACCAAACUAAAGAGUUUAAAAUUGAGGUAGGAAUGAUGAUUUCUUCAUACAAGAGAUCGUGAAAUUCAUAUAGAGUACACGCGCAAAAAUCUCGCAUCUUGUAGCAAGUCUGCCAAAAGUUGUAUGGAACAACUUGUUAAAGUGCCUAUGACACGAAAUUUCACCCCAAAGGUUUAUGGUGGCUUUUAAAGAUCACUUAAAAUUACUUAAUACUUUCUUUUAUAGAAUUUUUGUAACUUGUUCCCUUUUCAAGAUAUUCAACUUUGUUUCAUAUGCAAAUAUCACCGGUGUGACAUCACAUAAUGAGUUUUCAGAAAGUAUAGUUUUCUUGACGAAUACGUAUCUAAAAAACUUAACAAUUGCCCUUGUAUAUCUAUUAAUUUCAUAACUCGUAAUUAACCCUCUGUAUUUGUUUGUAAACAUAUUUUAUCAAGGUAAAAUAUUGCGUUUUCAAAAUGUCAUUAUGCGAUGUGACGACUAUUUAUAUUUUCAAGCUUCUAGAGUAUAAUAAAUGAUCAAGAAACAACAAUUAGGCUUUUCAAGAACUCAAAACAUAGUUAAACUGUUUGUAUCAUAAAAAGUGGGCUCAUUUGUGCACAUGCGCAGAUCGGACUGUAGAUCACCUUUAAGGCCCCGUUUACACCGCUAUACCGGAUUGCAUCGGAACGGAGCGAUUUUCAUACCGGAUCCGGCUGCUGAUUACACUACACCCACAGUAAUCCGGUACGCGGCGUAAAAAUCACUCCGCUUUGGAGGUAAUAUGAAAAAUAUACGGUUUUGGCGUGUACGUUUUAACAUUGUCGCCUUUAUUUGCUCGUUUUUACAAUACUUUAUAGCUGUUAUUUGUUUCCCCCUUACAACCAUGUACUAUUUCUGGCGAAGACAAAUAAAGAAAACGAUAAUAACAUUGACUUUUCGCUUUCGAAAGAGCAAAAUUUAAAGAAAUACUCGUCAAUUUUGGAUUAGAGCGAAACGAAGCAACGUCUGGUGGUCAAGCUUUUUAAACAAAAAGUUAUACUUUAAAAAGAAGACGUGCAUGUGUGUUACUUCUUGUUUUUAAUAAAUUUAAAUAUUAUAAAUUUAAAUUUAUAUUAUUAGUAUAUUGGCAAAAAAAUGUUUCUCUUGUUUCCAUGGCGACAGUGAAAUACAUGCACGGGCAACAGAGCGCAGCGGCAUGGUGUAAACACCCUGGUUUUUUACUUCAGAGUGAAAAUGAAUCCUGUAUGAAAGAUAAUCCGGUAUAGUGUAAACGGCGCCUAUCAGACUUGUUGGCAAGGUUGUUCCAACAAUUCUGAUACAGACAUGACUCAUGAUAUAACAAUAUCGUUACAAUCUUGUGUCGUCAACCUUGUAGCAUUCUUGUUAUAUCAUAAUUGUAUCAGACUUGUUGGAACAACCUUGUAACAAUUAAGUCUGUCGAUGCCAUCAAAGCUUGUUACAAAUUGUUAACAGCUUGUUACAACAACUGGGAACAAGCACUGCGAACAAACACAACUCAUCGACAGCUCGUAAGAAUUUUACGUGUGUAUAUGUAACUAAGUAAGUAACUAAAUGGUGGUGUGCUAAUCAUCCACACUUGCAGCAGAGAGCUAAGCUAAAUUGCGAAGGACGCAGCUCAAUCUGAUCCAUUCGAAGGCUUUCUAAGGGCGCCUCUGGCGGCCACAUUAUCACGCGUAUCUGAUCACAGAGCAACAGCUACGGUGGAAUUAAGAGUCAGUUUGGGGCUAACUCCAACCCACUCUGUCAACGUUCCCUGUGGGAGAACUGGAGUACCCCAGAAAACCCACGAGUUUCGGUAGAGCGUUGACCGACUCUUUUCACAUAAGCGUCAUGAGUCCCCAGCGAGAAUCGAACCCGCGAAAUCAAAAGUGAAAGGCGCAUGCUCUGACGUCCUACGUCACCAAAGCCCUUAUUAUCGCAAAGCCUGCAAUACUAGAUUCCCCUUAUUACGUUUUCGUAGCGCUUUGCGUUGUGGUUAUAGUGGUAUCACUGAUGAAGUAGCGCGGCCUCGAAUGAAAAUAUUGAAUUUUUUGCGAAUAUUUUGCUGCUGGCUAUCGCGCACCUGACCCUAGCUUUUUUUAAAAGUUCUUGCACGGGUCAGGACAGAAAAUAAGCCAUCUUGAAUAUCAGUGAUACCACUAUAUUAACCACAAUGCAAAGCGCUACGAAAACGUAAUAAGGGGAAUCACGAAUUGCUUGUACAUGCACAAUUUAAUUUCCUUCGAUCUUCUGAUCAAGAUAAAUAGAGCAAGGAUACAACGUAUUAAAGCUUCGUUCAAAGACCAUGUUUUAGAUAACCUUUUUACAUUAAUACUUGUUUUAGAUUAUUGAUAUAAAUGACAAACCUGUGACCAUUACACUCAAUUCCUCUGGAGUCGAAGAAAAUGCCGCGAAUGGAGCAAUAGUAGGAAACUUCAUAACAGAUGACCCUGACAAAAAUCAGACUCAUUUCUAUACAUUGCUCGACCAUACGUGUAAGUAUAUAUCUGCAGUUCAUUAAUCAUUGAGCUUUACAAACAAAUUGACUGCCUCUGAAACUAACGAAUAAAACAAACAAAAAUUGAAUGAAAUUAUAUGCAAAGAAAUUUUCCACCAUUUAUGAUGGAAUUGUAAAGUAAAUUGACCAAAGAAAAUACUUUGCCAAACAAUAGUUUGCCAAACUAACAACUUUUGAUAAGCAAAUUAUACUACAACUAUAUGUCGAUUAAUUUGAAUCCGUUAUUUGUAAGAGGUAUAUAAAAUGUUUUUGUAUAAUGAUGCAAAGAAACAAGCUCAGAUAAUUUGGCAAUAUGUGAAUAAUUCUAAACAAAAAACAGCUGGACUAAAAAAUCCCCCGCGUGCAUUUGUAAUUCCAUAUAAACUACCGCUGGGAUAUCUCGGGCACUGUCCAAUAACCUCAACAGACCCUCGCGAGUUUCGCAUAUGAUUUCACAUGAGAAAAUGCCUUUUCACAUCUGAAGUGUAAAAAUUCGACAUAGAUAAGAAUAAUUUUACAUAUGAAAUUAAUUUUCACAUUAUGAAUGGACCUUGAAUUAAUUUUACAUGCGAAGAACUAUGUGCAACCGGCUCAAGUUUCAUAUAUGAAAAUUUUGUAUUUCAUAUAUGAGCAUAUUUACAUGUGAAAUGUUACUGCAAUUCCACAUAAAUUCUCACAUGUGAAAUAUCUGUUUGCACGAAAAUACCUGGAUUCCAAUGAGAAACACCAUACAACACCAUACAACAUUGUUGGUCUUGUUUGAAAACCGUUAAGGUUUUGGGUAAUGUUUGUCGAUUUUGGAUGAUGUUGGAUUGAGUUUGACUUUGUUUAAUUAAAAUUUCUCCCAACAUACAUUGUUCAUCAUCGUUGGCCCAACAAUUCUGGACGAUGUUCGACUCAUUUCAACGGGGAUUAUUAAUAUGUCUAUAUUUUCAGAUACUUUCUACAUCAAUGGUAAUGAACUGGUGGUAAAAGAAUCAGACCGUCUUGAUUUCGAAAAUCAAACUGAAGUUAUUAUUCUUGUACAGACGACUGACAAUGGAAAUCCACCGUUAUCGAAACAGGUACAUGUAAUUGUCCUAAUUUGUAAUCCAUUAUGAAGAAAGUGUUUUACGUUUGAAUUACGUACUUUAGUUCAGUUUAGCUUAGUAGUAGCAAAGUGUACUGUACUGUACUGUACUGUACUGUACUGUACUGUACUGUACUGUACUGUACUGUACUGUACUGUACUGUACUGUACUGUACGUAAUGUUUACAACAUGAGCGGCCGUGUUGUAUCAGAUAUACAAACUCGAGCCGAAGGCGAGAGUUUGUAUAUCUGAUACAACACGGACGCGAAUGUUGUAAACAACUUAAAAAACGACUCAGCUUAUGAGUUCAUUGGCGAAGUAAUUUUAAAAAUAAACGUUGUCAAAGCCGAGAAAAUCAAAGUUAAAAUUUAUGUAAAUCAACAUGAAUCUGUAUCACAUAUACAGAUACGACACGCUUAUGAUUUUUCUUUGUGUUUUCUUCAUGAAUUAUUAAUGAGUUUUUUAAUGUACUGUACUGUACUGCAGUCACCUGAAAAUUGGUGUAGCUAAUUUUGGCCGCAUUUUGCAUCAUAACGCUCGUGUAAGGAACCAAUAAACUUUAAAAAUCUUGUUGAAGAUUACCACAAACUGAUACAAACGCAGUUUUUAAUCCCUCCCCUGCCUCGGUAAUCUGACGUCCGUGUUGACAAAACGUCGCUCGCUCGGUUGGUUGAAAAAUUAUUGUUACAACCUCGUUAUACAGUUAUUCGACUACCAUUUAAAGGCUUUCAGGAAUCAUUGAGGGACGCGGUUGCCUCCCCCCCUGUGCCCGCCUCUGAGCCCAAUUCAGUUGGCGGUUAGUAUGAAUAUCACCAGAAAUCGCUCUGUUUUGUUUUUAGGAAAGUAUUACAGUGAAAAUACUUGAUUCGAACGACAAACCAUAUGAUCUCAAACCUUUGACCCUGACAGUUGAGGAGAACACGCCGGGAGAGACUUCUGUUGAAUUUACAGUUCUUGAUCAAGAUACUAGUCAGUCUCAUAGUUGUCUUGUUCAAGACUCCGAGUUCUUUGUCAUGAAUAACACACAUGGUCAAUCGGUUCUUUGGGUAAAGAGUGGAGCCGUACUUGAUCAUGAAAGGAACAGCACGAUUUCAAGUAAGUUUAUGCACGAAUUGGCUGCGUAGGUAAUUUAUAAUUGUCCAAUCUUAUUAUUUUCAUCAAAGGCGUAUACGAGACAGGGAAAAUUCUACCUCAAAAAUCGGGAAAUAUGUUAGGCCUGCUCGCCUCAGUAUAUAAUGUAUUUUGUCAUGACAUUAAUGUUGGGAUAUUAAUAUUUAAUCAGAGAAACUGAAUGACAUAUCGAAAUUUGUUUCAUCAAAUUUAAAUUGCAUGCAGUAGAGUGAGGAGUUUUUUGUGUAAUCCCAGAAAUACUUAUGAAUAAUCGUUUGAAGUUGUCCUUCAGCAGCAUUUUGUAUCAGAGGUGUUUGAUUUCAAGUGAGACCAAGAGAGACGAUUGUAAUAUAUUUUAAUAUUUUUACUAAAAGCAGCCGCAUAUCUUGGAGUUCUAUCAAGUGAGAUGCAAAAAAAAAUCAUUUUAUUCACCCUUUCAUUAUUUCUGUUUUAGUCACAGUGAAUUGUACCGACAACGGAGUACCUCCUCUAAGCCUCUCAAAAUCGUUUGAUAUCACGAUCAAAGAUGUGAACGAAGCACCAACAGAUAUCUUCUUGAACGGUUCAUAUGAAGUUGAUGAAAUCGCUAAUGUUGGCCAUUCACUUGGAUAUUUGAUAUGCACAGAUCCUGAUCGAAAUCAAACAUGUUCGUUCCACGUUAUUGGGAAAAUAAAUGAUACGUUUAAUGUAAGUGUGUGCGACAAUUAAGAAAUUGAAAAGCUUUUUCAGUGCAAAAAAGGAUCGCAAAAUUGUUUAAAUAUGCUACUUUGACACUAAGAUUAUUACAAUUGGUUUAGCAGAACCACUGUUAUGAUCUUAAAACAAAAUCUGGUUCACCCAAUGGACCAUUGAAAUUACGUGCGUUAAGUACCAAUAGACCCAUUGCACUGACGUCACAAAUCCUUAGAGUGUCCUCCAGAUGCUACCUAACAAUAUCUGUUUGGGUACAACAACCACAUAUAGCGCAAAAAUUGACCAUUUUAAUACAAAAUUAUUAUAAAGUUUUACAAAAUUUGCUUUGUUUACAAAAGUUAUAUUAUGCAUAGAUUGCCAGUUUGUCCUCCAGAUGCAUCGUCACCGACGCUGUGACGUCAUGUACAAUGGGUCUAUAGGUUGGAUGACCCCUUACCCGAAACAGCUAUAGCAUUGGUUCUCGUAGACCAUAAUAAUAAUCUUACUACCAACUUAUAAUAAGCUGUGUAAAAAUGUGGAACAUGAGUUAUUGCAUUUUUUGGGGACACCCUGUAUUUAUUAAAUGUAAACUUGAGAUUGAAAUUAAUUGCUACAAUGUGUUUCCAACAUUUGAUUUGCCAGUAUUGUGAAUAGCUAAACGUAAACCAGUGAACACCAUGUACUGUAUAUCUGGCGUUAGAACUUCAGUUAUUCGGGCAAUAGGAAAGCUGAGGCCAAAGAUGGCGGACAUUGAAGGAGCUAUUGAACAUCAGUUUGACAUUCAAUCAACGUUAACCGCUUAACUUUGUUUUUGUCUUAUAGCCAUUAGAGACUACUGUAUAAUAACCUAUCUAUAACAGAGAAACAAACGAUGGUAGUUUAUAUUCCAAUGUUGACCGUUUUGGAACCCAUAUGUUGCCGAUUUAAAAAUCUAUAUAUGCUAUUUCUUGCAGGUUACAAAAGACACAAACCUCUUAAAGGUGAUCUCGAACGCGAAACUGGACUACGAAAGAUUAGAUUCCCCUAAUAUAAGCGUAGUGAUUGAAGCAACAGACGAUGGGCAGCCAAGACUAUCAUUUGUCAAGAAGCUAAGUAUCACUGUAAACGAAAUAAACGAAGGGGCGAAUGAAAUUAGUUUAAACCCUGACCACAUCGAAUUAAACGAAACCACGGCUGUAGGUACAAAUAUCAGCGAGCUAAUUUGCAAUAAUCCUGAAAAAUGGCAGACUGUCGAAUACACUUUACUUUCGAACCACAGUAUUUUCAAAAUCGUUAAAGUACCUUACAACGCCAGCUACGAUCCUCCUAUUUUGAACAAAUUGGGAGUAAAACAACGCACUUUUGAGCUGUUUAGGUCAUUUUUGUUUUUGAAUGAGAGAUUCCUAAAUUACGAUAUAAGCCCGAGAUACGAUAUUUUGGUUCGGGUCACGGAUGAUGGCGAACCAGCCAGGUCAUUUGUUGGAAAUAUUUUUGUUAAUGUUUCGAGAGUUGAUCCGUGUUUGCCGGAGAAUAAGUGUAACGAGAAUGCAACUUGUAGUAGAAUUGAUGGCUUUAAUUAUAAUUGUGCGUGCUUCGAUGGAUUGAAAGGCGAUGGGUAUAAUUGUACUGAAAUUGACGAUUGUGCAAAUUCGGCUACGUACUGUGACAUAAAUGAGACAACGGCAAAUGAGGCUUGUGCCCCUUGUAAAAAUAAGGCAACGUGUCAUGACGAACGUUUGACGUUUAAUUGCGUCUGUUUGCCGGGAUUUAAUGGCACUCAAUGUGGUCAUAAUAUUAAUGAAUGCGACCCGAGGAAUUUUAAUUACACUAGCUGUAAUGAAGAGCAUAGUACUUGUGAGGAUGGAAUUAAUAAUAUCACGUGUCAUUGUAAUCGAGGAUUUAAUGACUGGCUUUGCAAGACUAACAUUGAUGAUUGUGCUAAUGGACCGUGUGGAGCUCAUGGUGAAUGUAUCGAUCAUAUUGGUAAGUUUUUCUUUGAUUUACUGCUAGUUUAUUGAUGGUUCAGCAAAUUCAAAACUCCAUAAACAAGAGAGGAAAGAGAGAGAAAAAUCCAAACAAAUUCGAUUAAUCUUGCUAAAAUUUGUUAUUUAUAAAAAUUGUUAUUGUUGGAAAUCGCUGAAUUUACAAAACUGUUGUUGCAAACAACGUUCCAAAUUAGGAUUGAAAAUAUCGCGUAAACUGCAGACCGCAAACGGCGAACUUUGAUUCGUAUUUUGAAAUCAACUGUCUAAAACAUGUACAAUUUACCUUCAAAUUUGAUUUGAAGUUCGCCGUUUGUACUCAGCUGCUGUGAUACGUCAUUUUUAAAGUGCGACUAACACCAAAUAUGAUUUUUGGUACGUGUAAUAGUUGGAUAAUUUUAAGAAGUAAUUUAAUAUAUCUUUAUAGUAAAAAGUUCAUCUUAUAAUAGACUUUUUUACUCUCAAAGUUCCGGAUGUGACGUCAUUUGGGGAAUUGCAAAUUUGUUUUCUCUUGUUUUAUGAACCUAAAAUUCCCCAAAUGACAACAUAUCCGGUAGCUUCAAGAGCCGGAAAGUCAAUUUCAAACUCAUUAAUAAUUUAUGAGUAACCAUAUUACUUUAUUUUGCUCACAUGAUAAUACUGAAUACCUGAUGAAGUACAUUAAUCCAGUCCUAGGACUGGAUCAAAAUUUAUUCAGUCCUUGGACUGGAUCAAAAUCAAUUAAGUAGUGAUUUAUUCGCAUGAGAUGUCAUUUCAAAUCCUCAAAUUCGGACUUCGCCUCGGGCUUGAUCAAAUUGCGCGGACUUGAAAUCUAGUCCAGUCCUCAUAGUCGGAUUUAAAUAUUACAUCAAGACGAGGUUGGUUUUUUUUUGCUAUAAAGAAAUAUUACAUUUCUUCUUAGAAUAAUCCAAAUAUUUCGUAGGCCAAAAAUCAUAUUUGUGGUUAGUAGCACUUUAAGGUCUAAUGGCAAGUAAAAUCUAUCUCAUAGUAAUACCUUAUACAGAAAUUGAAAUCUGUCUGUUCGCUUCAAAUUUGCUAUUUUUCUCUAGGUUCUUAUGAGUGUGCUUGCAAAGGAGGCUAUGGCGGCUCACGAUGUGAGCGAUAUCUCGGAAGGAAUGAAGAGCAAUGUAAAGAAGGCCAGUCUUACGUUCCAUACCCAUCAACUUUCAGUGAAGAAAAUAAGAAGGAACCUGUAGAACCUGAAAGUGGAAACACUGAAAGUGGAAACACUGAAGCCGGGGGAAGUAGUACUAGCAGUGACGACGUGUGCUUUUCUGGUAAAAAUGUAACCACUUUGUAUUUUGAUAUUAAGUUGCUGAAAAUCUUGCAGCAAGGCGGGGUUAAGGUUCUGGACGGAGAAGUGAAGGCUGCAAUGAGAAUCGAAGUCGAGGAUUGGCUAAAGAAAGUGAUUGAGGUUUGGUAUGCCUAUGCUGACAGUUUUAGCGAAGAAGGAUCUUACAAUUUGAGUGAUGUUAGCGUCUUAGAUGACAUAAAAGUGAAUGCUCAUAAUAUAUCAGUAACUGUGGUUGCAAGAGUCGGUCAUAAAGCUCUUUCUAGAGAAGGCUUCCUCUGUUCUUUCAAUCAAUCAUAUCCAUCGAAAAAUUGCUCCAAAAAGAACCGUUUUCCGGCCUAUACGUCUAAAGGCUUCUCGUUUAUCGAUUACUUGUGCCCGACUCUAAAAGAUGUGGAAACUUUUAAAUGUAAAACCCGAAGUGGAGCUGUAAGCUCCCUAACUGGAAACGAUGAAAGCAAGUUGCCGGGAUGGGCUAUUUAUUUCCUAGCCAUUUUGGGCGCAGUCUUGUUCGUAUUUGUUGUACUAUUCGCAUGCUAUGCCGACCGAUCCCAAAAGGUGAAUUUCCAACAAGCAUUGCGAAAAGGCCAGCAGUAUGAUCACGUGAGACUACCGGAAGAAGACGACGAGCAUUAUCUUGACGUCAUGUUGCGUCAUCAAGUAUCGACCAAUGGCGAUGGAGAAGUUAAUCCCAUAUAUGGCUUCGAUGAAGACGAAGACGAGUCGCAGAUGAUUUCAAAUCCCCUAUAUGGGUCGUCACGUGGUAUCGAGUCGCCACAGAUUGGUCAUGCCCGAGCAUUCGAGAAUCCGCUGUUCAACACAUUAGAACGUGAGCCCGGACUUCGCGCGAAGCCUGUCGGGAAGGAUGGUGAAUCCAGUAAUAAUUAUUAAUGCCGAAUUUAGCGAAAUGUCUUUUUUGCAAAAAUUGCUUCACUUUUCUCUUGUUUUCAUUGAUUUUGUGAUUUAUUUUUCAGAACAGUAACCUGGAAAAUUUGACUAUUUUUUCCGUUUUAUAACGAUAGUCCGAAACUUUGAUAUAUAAACGUGUUUGCCACAUUUCUUCUUUGUCAAUUACAGUGUUUUCAUUUAAAAAAAACAUGUCCAACAGGCCAGGGACUACUCAUAAUUAACGUUGUCAUUGAAGUUUUGAAAUCUCGAUAGACCAAAUACAAUAAAACUGCUUAUGUAUGUUUUGUCUAAGUUUUUGCAAAAGAUGAUCAGUACAUUGAUCAGCGUAAAAUCAAUGCACAUGUGACAAUGAUACGACCAUAUUUUUGCAUCAACCUAAACCAGUGAAACUUAGACCAACAUAGGUGAUGAAUCAAUUUACAGGGUGUUCCAAAAACAAUGCAAUAACUAUGUUCCACGUUUUUACACAGCUUAUUAUAAAAUGGCACUACUAUUAUUACAAUUGGUCUAAACUGUCAUUAAACCUAUUGACAGUUUACACAACUGAUUCAUGUUUUCAAUGAUCCAUUGGGUGAACCGGACUUUGUUCAUUGGUUCUAAAUUCUAAUGGACCAAUCUUAAUAAUACUAGUGUCAACCCUGUAUUGAAUUUCAUGGGUAUUUUUUGUAUUUCAUAAUUUCAGAACCGACUUUAACUUUAGUCUAUUUACUAUAUCUUGUAACACUCGUUUCUCUUAAUUUUUUGUUUGAUGUUUCUCCCUUUGAUUGAGAAAUUUUAACGAUUAACGCGAGUAGAACGUGUAAAGCAAUUUUUGCAUAGAAGAUACUCGUAGACUAAUAAUUUUCAGUCUUAACGAAAAGACAAAAUGUCUUGAUUUUUCAGUAAUGUCUUUAGCUUGUAAUACAUAGAUCACUAAUCUGGAAUAUGCUAUAGCAGUAUGGUUGUAUAAUUUAAGCUAAAAUUUGACUACAGACCUAAUCGACUAACGCAUUUUUAUCACCAUUGCUCGCUGAUCUGAAAUCUAUCGGAAAAGGCGGAUACUCUAGCUAUCCUGUCCUACCGUUUCGGAUAAUUCCUAUGCAAAGCUACCACUGAUAGUUUAAGCAUAGAAUGGAACGGAGGUAACCAAGCAUUGAAAAGAUAUAGAUCAGAUGAAUGGUUACCAAGUGUGUUAGGCAAUUAGGUCUUUGGGUGCAUGAAUUAUUUUGAAAUUGUUAAAGAUAUAUAUAUUUUCAUUGAUUUACAAAACGUAUGCAAUAUCGCUUAUUCAUUGCCCAAAAAUAUCCAAUCAUUCGUAUAAGUAGUUAUAUACUCGGGGAUAAUAAUAUAAUUUCAUAUUUAUUCCAAUUCCUCAUAUAAAUUGUAUAAAAUUCCUGCUUAUUAUCUGACAUGCAAAUAAAAUUAAAUACACAGAACCAAACCCAGUUCACUUCUUGUCGUUAAUGUUAUAACCGACCUCGUACCCAGGGCUUCUGCGUUUGUGGCUUCUAAGACUAUUGAUUUUAUACUCAUUAAUGUUAAUUUCAAUACUAGUUUAAAAUUCUGUGUGUGUAUUAUUGUUAGAUUUCUAGCGCUGAAUAUCUUCGUGUAAAUGUGAACUGAGCAGCAAUGAAAAAAAUAUAGUGUUUGCAGGCUUGCACCGUAAAUAAUAUAACUGUUAAUGUUCUGUGAAUUAUGUUAAUAUUUAUGGAGUUCAACAAAUGGAAAUUAACAGAGUUGUUUUAAGUGGGUUUUUUGUUCUCAUUCCCAACAAAAGACCGAACUGUAAGAUCGAUUGAUCAAAAAUCUUACUGAACUUAUUAUACCGAAGACUAUUCUUGCGUACAAAGUUGUGCUUUAUAAUCUAUAUAUCUGAAAAAGGUUAUAAAGAGCUUUGUAAAGAGCUUGGGCGCCGAUUUUCUGUUGGCUGUUGUUGAGAAUAUUUUCCCCUCUAUUAUAGAC